AUGUCCAUAUGUAUGUAUCUGUGUAUGCGCGUGGCGGCCGUCGAGUCCCCAGUCGUCUUCUUCCCUGGAGUUGUCCCUCCUGCACCUUUGAAAACAAGGCGGCCAGCAAGCGGCUUGUUAAUAUUGACAGAAUGGGGCCUGCCUGAUAGCUUGCAUUACUGUGUUUUUUAUAAUGUCGUACAGGUGGGGAGUUCGGGCGGCGGCGGCGGUGCCGACGCCGACGGCGACGGCUGCUUUGCGCAGCCGCAGCCCCUUGCCCGCACAUCAGCACUUCCGAAGCACCAUGACACUGAGGGAGCAGCGAGAGGCGGCGGAGGCAAGCGGAGAAGAGUAAAAGAUGAUCCACCGCCGCAAUCGCAACCGAAUCAACCGCAACAGCUUCAACCGCAACCGCAGCAUCCCUCGGCGGCUGAUGGCAUGCGGGACCAGCAGACUGGUGGGCCAGCAGAGGUAACGGCAGCGGCGGCGGCGGCGGCGGCGGAGAAUGGUUCUGGAAUGGUAGCGGCGGAUGGCUGCGGCGGCGGCGGCGGCAAAGCUACCGCCCCAAGGCCCGCGCUGAAGCGCCGCAGGGCGAGUGCUCCGGCGACGGCGGCGGCAGUGGCAAUGGCAUCCGUACCGUACGGCGCGGGAGCAGCUAGCCCACCGACGGCGGCGGCAGGCGGGGACACGCUGUGCGGCCCGGCGGCGGCAAACACAGCCGAAGGUGAAGGCCGUCUCUCAGCGUCUGCAGGCAAACGGCCUCAAAGCUCCACGCGGGCUCCUGCCGCCGCUGCCGCCGCCAAGCAACGACGCAGCGUUCCUACCGGACAGACGCCGGCGGCGGCGGUUGUUACGCCGCUGCCGCCGCCGCCACCUACGGCGGUGACGGCGUCCGCCGCCGGCGGCAGCCGCCGACGCGCCAGCACUGCCGCCGCCAGCGGCGGCAGCAGCCGCAAGAAGCCGCGCCUAUCGCCUCUGAGUACGGAUGACGGAGGCGGAGCCUCCGGCACCGCUUCCGCCGCCGCCGACGCCGGCGGCGGUGCAGCGGCUGGGUUCAUUAGUCCAGGUGUGACCCGGCAGGACUGCGGAACGGCUGAUCCUCCUUCCGGAGGUGGCCAGUUGACGACGACGGCGGCGGUGGCGGCGGCGGCGGCUGGUGACGGCGGCGGCAGCAGUGGCGGCCGAUGGUUGCAGCUGUGUCCAUCCUGGAUACUGCUGGGGUCGGCACUGGAGGACGGCCCCUCCGGGAAAGGGCUGCUGAAGAGGCUGGCAGUGGCUUGUGGAUGCCGAGUAGUAGAGCAGUACAACCCUGCUGUGACGCACGUAUUGUGCGGUACGGACGCAUCACGGCGAGCCCGCCGUACUUUCAAGUACUUGAUGGGUGUAGCACACGGCGCCUGGGUCCUGGAUGUGCGCUGGGCCGCCGCAUGUCUCGCCGCGGGUGGCCCAGUACCAGAAGACGGCGAGUUCGCGGUCCUGGGCGACCAAAACGGCGGGGUGUGCGGCGCGGCGGAGGCGCGUCGCCGUCGCUUAGCCCGCCAGGCCGUACAGAUGCACAUACAGACACAGCACCAACCGGAACGACGGCAAGGAGGGCAACAGCCGGACCAGCUGCAGCAGCAGCAGCAGCAGCCGUCGUCGUCGUCGCGGCGGCGGCGCGGAAGUCACGUUAGCCACGUCAGCAACGUACGAGCGCGAGGAGAGUUAACAGGGGGGGGGGGAGCCGGUGUCGGAACUAUUCACACGGCGGAGGCGGUUGAGGCAGCGGAGGCGGCGGAGGCGGCGGAGGUGACGGCGGCGGCGGCGGCGGAGGAGGAGAAGGGAAGCGAGAAGGAGGCGAGGGAGGAGGAGGGGGAGGGAGGCUGCAGGGAAAACCCAGCGACGUCAGCGGCGGCGGCGGCGGGGAUUGGUGGUGGUGGUUGUGGUGGUGGUGGUGAGGAGGAGGAGCUCAAGGCGGAUUGCCGAGUGCUACUAGAGGGCGUCCGUAUCCACAUUUCAGCGGCGGCGGCGGCGGAAGCGGCGGGGGGUAAGACGGCAGCUGCUGCGACGAGGAGGCUCAGGGACAAGAAAGGCUGUAGCACCAGUCCCGUUAACGAGCCGCCGCCGCCGCCGCAACAGCAGCCGGAGCAGCAGCAACACCAGGUUGAGGCUGGCGGUGCCGCCGCGGCGGCAGCGACGCUGCCAGAUCCAUUGCUAUUGGUCGAUCCAGAACUCGCCGCCGCCAGCGGCGGCGCCGCCGCGAGGCAGUUCUCUGCCGUUGCGACGGCGGCGGCAGCACUAGGAGUGCCGUUGGUGUCGUACAAGUGGCUGAUGACGUGUGCCGGCAGCUACAGCACCGAGUCGUGGGUGCCGUACAAGCUAGAUCUCUAA